CCUUUCUCUACUUGAACAACAAUAAUGCACAAUAAUAAGUGAAUGCAUGAUACCAUUUUCUGCACAAAAGACAUUCCCAGCCAGACUGCAGAUUGACAAGAUCAGUCUCUCUCUCUCUCUCUCUCUCUCUCUCUCUCUCUCUCCACUGCUUUCUGAUUCCCUUAUCCCUCCCCAGAGGUUUGCUAACAUCCAUAGAUUCGAAAAUCAAAAGUGAGAGAAUUUCAGAUACUGCUCCAUAUCUUAGCAUUUGUCCUCAAAAUAAUCUGAGUUAUGGACAGUCGUCAGCAGCAAAAGACCAGAGAGAAACUAGUAAACAAUCAGCAUGAAGAUAGGAAGUCAAAACAAGAAGGAAAAGAAGGCUUAGCACUGAAGGAACAGUCACCUACAUCCCCUGUCUCACCACCUUCAGCAACUUCCUCCCCAUCUCAUGAAUUCUCCUUCACAAUUUCCCUCCACUCUUCCUCAACAGCAAUCCCUGACAAAACCAAGGCGCCACCUUCAUUUGCAGUUGAUUUGACUCCUGCAGAUGACAUUUUCUUCCAUGGUCACUUGCUUCCUCUCCACCUCCUUGCUAACCUUCCUGUGUCUGCCCGCUCCUCUACCAAUUCGUUGGACAGCUUCACUCUCCCAAUCGGAGAUUUAUUAGACGAUCAAGAUCCCAAUAAAGGCAGCAGCAACUGCAGCACCAGCAACAGGAGCAACAUCACCAACACGAAUACUGAAACCAACCACCUUCAAAGCAGCAAUGGUGAGACAAAGGGAAGAGUCAAGUCAAAGUCUUUCUCGUUAUUCGGAUUAGUAAGAUGGCGAAAAGGGUGUGAAGUUAGAGAGAAGGAGGAUAAGGAGAAGCCAAAGAGGAAGCCGAGGUUUGAUGUCAGUCAUGUACUAAAAAGGUACGUGAGGUUGGUCCGGCCACUGUUGUUCUUCAGGAGGAAAGGAGAGAAUAUCCGAUUACGUCGACAACCUUAUUCGUUUUCAGGUAAUUUACGUAUGAAAAACAAGCAAGAGUUGAGAGGAAGAAGAGGAGAAUUUUCAGCACCAGCUUCAAUGAGGACAUCUCCAACAAACAGUGGACUUCUUGUAGCAACUGCAACGCUUCCUUCUUCUACUAGUGACAGCACCAUGGAGGAGUUGCAGGCUGCAAUUCAAGCUGCAAUUGCUCAUUGCAAGAAUUCAGUUGCAAAGGAAGAGAAACUAAAUUGCUUAGACUAGAUUGAUAAGGUGAAAAUGUUCCAUUCGAGUUCUAUUAUUACUUGCACAUUUGUAUUAUAUAAAACAGAAUUCUAUAUCUGAACAGUUUGAAAAUGAAGAAUUUUAUAAAGGAUAACUACGUUAAAAGA